AUGUUGGGGAGGUCAUCUGUGGUGAGAGCCAGGAAGAGGGCUUGUCUGGAACCCUGGGUUAUUGGCCUCAUCACCUUUAUUUCCUUAAUUGUCCUAGCAGUGUGCAUUGGACUCAUUGUUCAUUAUGCAAGAUACAAUCAAAAGAAGACCUACAAUUACUAUAGCACAUUGUCAUUUACAAGUAACAAAGUAUAUGAUGAGUUUGGAAGAGAGGCUACUGAAAAUUUCACAAAAAUGAGUCAGAAAAUUGAAUCAAUGGUGAAAAAUGCAUUUCAUAAAUCUUCAUUGAGGGGAAAAUUUGUCAAGUCUCACAUUAUCAAGUUCAGUCAGGAGGAACAUGGAGUGUUGGCUCAUAUGCUGCUGAUUUUUAGAUUUCCUUCUACUGAGGACCCUGAAACCAUCAAUAAAAUAAUACAACAUGUCCUACAUGAAAAGCUGCAAGAGGCUGUAGGACCCCCUGAAUUAGAUCCUGAAUCAGUUGAAAUUAAAAAAAUCAACAAGACAGAAACAGACAACUUCCUGAACAAUUGUUGUGGGACACGAAGGAACCAAACCUCAGAAGAGAGUCUCAGGAUUGUUGGUGGAACAGAGGUACAAGAGGGUGAAUGGCCAUGGCAAACUAGUCUGCAAUGGGAUGGGAUCCAUCGUUGUGGAGCAACUUUAAUUAAUGACACAUGGCUUGUGAGUGCUGCCCACUGCUUCAGAACGUAUAAGGACCCAGCCAGGUGGACUGCUUCUUUUGGAGUCACAAUAUAUCCUCCAAAAAUGAAACAAGCCCUCCGGAGGAUAAUUGUGCAUGAAAAAUACAAAUAUCCAUCGCAUGACUAUGAUAUUUCAGUCUUAGAGCUUUCCAGGCCUAUUCCCUACACAAAUGCAGUACACAAAAUUUGUCUCCCCGAUGCAUCCCACGAGUUCCGCCCUGGUGAUGAGAUGUUUGUGACAGGAUUUGGAGCACUGCAAAAUGAUGGUAGCAGUCAAAAUCAUCUUCGGCAAGUACAGGUAGAUCUUAUAGACACUAAAAGCUGCAAUGCACCCCAAGCUUACAAUAAUGCCAUAACUCCUGCAAUGUUAUGUGCUGGCUCCUUGAAAGGAAAUAGAGAUGCUUGCCAGGGUGACUCUGGAGGACCUCUGGUUAGUCCAGAUGCUAGAGAUAUCUGGUACCUUGCUGGAAUCGUGAGCUGGGGAGAUGAAUGUGGGCAACCCAAUAAGCCUGGUGUUUAUACUAAAGUGACUGCCUUCCGGGACUGGAUCACUUCCAAAACUGCACACAGCACAUCAUCUGACUCAAGUCACCUUCCUUCUUUUGGUAGACACACCAGUGUAUCUUCCCAGAGAAGAUCUUGGCCAUUAUGGAGAACCAUCCUUAUUUUUCUUGGAGUCGUGGCAAUCUUGGGAUUAACUAUUGGCCUCCUCGUCCACUUUCUGGCAGUUGAAAAGACUUACUAUUACCAAGGUGAUUUUCAUAUUUCUGGAGCCACAUACAAUGAUAAUUGUGAAAAAGCAGUUUCACAGUCCAGCACAGAUCUGAGCAAAGAUAUUGAGACUAAGAUGUCUGAUGCAUUUCAAAAUUCUAGUGUAUACAAAGAAUAUAUAAACUCUCAAGUCAUCAAACUUCUUCCUGAUUCCAAUGGUUCGAGUGUACAUUUACAGUUGACAUUCAAGUUUCCUCCAGUAAAAAAGAAUAGCAUGAGGACUAAAAUCAAGGCUAUCUUACAUCAGAUGUUGAAGGACAACAUGGCAUCCUGGAACGCAGUUCCCACUUCCAUUAUACUUACAGAAAUCAGCAAGUAUAAUGCUGAAAUGCUUAACAACAACUGUUGUGGGAGAAGACUCACCAACAGUAUCACAGUAGGCAACCGAAUUUUGAAUGGGGAAAAUGCCCUGGCGGGAGCCUGGCCAUGGCAGGCAAGCAUGCAAUGGAAAGGCCAACACCACUGUGGUGCCUCUCUGAUCAGCAGCAGGUGGCUUCUAUCUGCAGCUCACUGCUUUGCUAGGAAAAAUAAUUCAGAAGAUUGGAUGGUUAACUUUGGAACUGUAGUAAAUAAACUGUAUAUGACACGGAAAGUUCAAAACAUUAUUGUUCAUGAAAAUUUUAGUAGCCCUGGGAUUCAUGAUGAUAUUGCCCUUGUACAGCUCGCUGAAGAAGUCUCUUUUACAAAGUAUGUUGAUAAGAUUUGUCUUCCUGAAGCUAAAAUGAAACUCUCAGCAAAUGACAGUGUUGUAGUUACAGGAUGGGGAACACUUUAUAUGAAUGGUCCUCUUCCAGUGAUACUUCAGCAGGCCUUUUUGAAGAUUAUUGAUAACAGAGUUUGCAAUGCUCCAUAUGCAUUAUCUGGCUUGGUGACUGAUACAAUGCUAUGUGCUGGAUUUAUGUCAGGAGAAGCAGAUGCCUGUCAGAAUGAUUCUGGUGGACCACUAGCUUACCCCAACUCUAGGAACAUCUGGCACCUUGUUGGAAUAGUAAGCGCGGGAGAAGGGUGUGGUAAAAAGAAUAAACCAGGUGUCUACACUCGAGUGACUGCUUAUCGUGACUGGAUUACCUUCAAGACAGGACUCUGA